CACCAGCCUUCCGAAGUCGCCCCUCAACCGGCCUCUUGCUCCUUAGUAAAGCCUGAGGUCACGUCAACCUCUAGAAACCCACCAGUCCUGGGCGCCGAAUUUUCUCCAAAGGGGAGAAGAGAGGAAGGCGUGCGGUGCAUGGUGCUUUGCAUAACCGUUCGCGCUCUCCUCCCCAGCCGUCGGAAAGCAGGCGAGAGUGUCCCCAGAGCCAAGCCCUCGUCCGCACACCACACGCCCACCCCGACUUUGGGGCACGCUCUUCCCCUCAGACGGCCCAGCUCGGCGACCACGGGCCACAGCCGAAACCGCCCGCCCGCGCCGCUCCCCGGCUUGCGGCGCCCGCCCGCCCCGCCGCCCGAGGCGACGUCGCCUGCUCCUCCCCACCCCCCUGGGUGGCAGGUUCAGGCCCCGGGUCCGAGCCUGCGCCCCUGCAGCUGCCACUGCCGCCGUCACCGCCAGGGGGAGUGUCCGUCAGGAAACGUGGUGUUGCUUCCUUGGUGUGAAGGUGCUAUCAAACUUCGGGUUUCUGUUCCUUUCCCCCGGUGUUUGAAGCGCGUAGAGGAAGAUGGAGACCGAGUCCGGGGCGCAAACAUCAAAUCAGACGCAAACAGAUUCAUUAUCUCCAUCCCCUAAUCCUGUGUCACCUGUGCCUUUGAAUAACCCAACAAGUGCCCCAAGAUAUGGAACAGUGAUCCCUAAUCGCAUCUUUGUAGGAGGAAUUGACUUUAAGACAAAUGAAAAUGAUUUAAGAAAGUUUUUUUCCCAGUAUGGGUCUGUAAAAGAAGUGAAGAUUGUAAAUGACAGAGCUGGAGUGUCCAAAGGGUAUGGCUUCGUCACUUUUGAAACACAAGAAGAUGCACAAAAAAUUUUACAAGAGGCUGAAAAACUUAAUUAUAAGGAUAAGAAACUGAACAUUGGUCCAGCAAUAAGAAAACAACAAGUAGGAAUCCCUCGUUCCAGUAUAAUGCCAGCAGCUGGAACAAUGUAUCUAACAACUUCAACUGGAUAUCCUUACACUUAUCAUAAUGGUGUUGCUUAUUUUCAUACUCCAGAGGUAACUUCUGUCCCACCACCUUGGCCUUCACGUUCUAUAUCUAGUUCCCCUGUGAUGGUAGCUCAGCCAGUUUAUCAGCAACCUGCAUAUCACUACCAGGCCCCUGCACAGUGUCUACCAGGACAGUGGCAGUGGGGUGUUCCUCAGUCUCCUGCCUCUUCUGCUCCAUUCUUAUACCUGCAACCUUCUGAGGUUAUUUAUCAACCAGUGGAAAUUGCACAAGAUGGUGGAUGUGUUCCUCCUCCUCUAUCCCUGAUGGAAGCUUCAGUUCCAGAGCCUUAUUCUGAUCAUGGAGUUCAAGCAACAUAUCACCAGGUUUAUGCUCCAAGUGCCAUCUCUAUGACUGCACCUGUGAUGCAGCCUGAACCAAUUAAAACAGUGUGGAGCAUUCAUUAUUAAGACAAUUGGGCAGCUCUAGUCCAGCUCAACUGAUUUCUUGUCCAAUGAUCCUUGUGUGGCCGAGAUCCAGCUUCAACGAACCGGCUAGAAGCUGCCCGUUGUGAUACUUAGGGUUAGUUAAUACCUCGCCAUACUUAUUUAUUCCAUUAUAAGCUGUCUAAAUUUGAUGAAAUUUGCUUUUACAGCUGUUCUACAAAACUAUUUAGGUAGUUGUGGCAUGUUGGUUUGUUUAUGUGUUAAUCUAACUGUAGUGACAUUUUCUACAACAUGUUUUAUCCAUUCCAUAAAUAAUAACCAC